GAGCGAUAAUAUUGUAUAUAUGAAAUAGUUGUUCCCGCAAAAGAAGAGAAGAGAAGAGAAUGGAGAUGGUAGGAAAGGUUUGUCUUCCUCUACUACUCCCAUAUCCACCACCCUCCACUUCUAGACCCUCAAUUGCCACUGUUGUUAAUGACUUCAAUUCUACUUCACACUCCCGUACUCGUUUACAUAUCGGCAAGUCCUCUUCCGACCCCAACUCCGGUAAGCCAUGGUGCAAUCAUCACCUUUCUUCUUCAGGUCAGCAUAUUCUCAAUGCCUUACUUCACUCUUCCACAGUUGAUUCCAUUCACCUCGACCAUAUUUUGGGUCCCCUUUUCAUCCAACCACAUCCACAUCCCACUCAUUUAUCUCGUGAUAUUCUCGCUAUUAUUAAGGCUUUAGGGUUUAGAAAAAAAACUGAACUCGCCUUGUCCGUCUUUGACUGGGUUCGCAACCACCACGGUUGUUCCAAUCUUUUGACUGGUUCUGCAAUUGCCGUCAUAGUUAACAUUCUUGGCAAAGCGGGUCGGGUCUCAUCCGCUGCUUCCUUGCUCCGAACUCUUGAAAACGACGGGUUUGAGAUUGACGUUUAUGCUUAUACUUGUUUGAUAACUGCUUAUGCUAGUAAAGGUAGGUAUAACGAUGCCGUUUCUGUGUUCAACAAGAUGCAAAGAGAUGGCUGCACCCCCACUCUCAUUACUUAUAAUUCCAUUUUGAAUGUUUAUGGAAAAAUGGGAAUGCCUUGGUUUCGUGUUACUUCUCUUGUUGAAUCUAUGAAAACAAAUGGAGUUGCUCCUGAUUUGUACACUUACAAUACCCUUAUAACUUGUUGUCGUUGCGGUUCUCUAUACAAGGAAGCUGUCAAUGUGUUGGAUAUGAUUAAGUCAGCUGGAUUUGUCCCUGACAGGGUUACAUAUAAUGCAUUGUUGGAUGUUUUUGCAAAAUCGAGGCGCCCGGAAGAGGCACUGCAGGUUCUUAAAGACAUGGAGAGUAAUGGCUUCUCUCCUACUGCGGUUACUUAUAAUUCAUUGAUAUCUGCUCAUGUUAGAGGUGGUUUGUUGGAGGAAGCAUCCCGACUUAAAAUUCAAAUGGUGGAGAAAGGGAUUAAGCCGGAUGUUUUUACCUACACCACACUUUUUUCGGGGUUUGAGAAGGCGGGGAAAGAUGAGUUUGCUUUUAAAGUCUAUGAAGAAAUGAAAGCGGAGGGAUGCAAACCAAAUAUUUGCACCUUUAAUGCUCUUAUCAAGAUGCAUGGUAAACGAGGAAAAUUUGUGAAAAUGAUGAAUGUUUUUGAGGAUAUUAAGGAAUGUGGGUGUUCCCCUGAUAUUGUUACUUGGAACACACUUUUGGCUGUGUUUGGACAGAACGAAAUGGACUCUGAGGUAGCAGGAGUAUUUAAAGAGAUGAAGAGAUCGGGGUUUGUGCCAGAGAGGGACACCUUCAACACGCUAAUUAGUGCAUACAGCAGAUGUGGUUCUAUCGAUCAAGCAAUGUCUGUUUAUAAAAGCAUGUUGGAAGCUGGAGUGGCUCCUGAUCUGUCUACCUAUAAUGCUGUUUUAGCCGCCUUGGCUCGAGGAGGCUUUUGGGAACAAUCCGAAAAAAUUAUUGCCGAAAUGAAGGAUGGUUGGUGUAAACCUAAUGAGCUAACAUACUCUUCUCUACUAAAUGCCUAUGCCAAUGGUAAGGAGAUUGAAAAGAUGAAAGCUCUUGGUGAGGAGAUUUACUCUGGCUCUAUUGAAACACAUCCUGUUCUGUUGAAGACCCUUGUUCUAGUAAGUAGCAAGUGUGAUCUCCUAACGGAAACAGAACGCGCUUUUUUUGAAUUAAGGAGAAUAGGAAUUUCACCUGGCAUAACUACUCUGAAUGCAAUGAUUUCAAUAUAUGGCAGGAAGCAGGUGGUGUCCAAGGCCAAUGAGAUUUUGAACUUCAUGUACGAGAACGGUUUUACUCCAAGUUUGACUACAUAUAAUAGCUUGAUGUAUAUGUACAGCCGUUCUGAAAAGUUUCAAAAAUCAGAAGAAAUUUUAAGGGAAGUUCUGAAGAAAGGUAUGAAACCAGAUAAAAUUUCAUAUAAUACUGUUAUUUACGCAUAUUGCAGAAAUGGUAGGAUGAAGGACGCUUUGAGGAUAUUUUCUGAAAUGAAAGAGUCUGCACUUGUUCCCAAUGUUGUAACUUACAACACAUUUGUUGCAACAUAUGCUGCUGACUCAAUGUUUGUUGAGGCUGUUAAUGUUAUUCGAUACAUGAUCAAGCAGGGAUGUAAGCCAGACCACUAUACUUAUAACUCCAUCGUUGAUUGGUAUUGUAGGCACAAUCGGCAAGAUGAGGCAAACAGUUUUGUGAAAAACCUUGGCAAUAUUGACCCACAUGUUUCCAAGGAGGAGAAAAGUAGGUUACUAGAAAUAAUGGCAAGAGAAUUGCCAUGAGUUUGUGGAUGAUUUGCUUGAGGAUGUACUAGAAUUUGGAAUAUUAUGUUAGGUAUAAUAUUUGGGUACGGAGUUUGGUAGUUCACCCAAUGUAGUAGUAAAUGGAGGGUGUUCCUUUAGUGCAAUUUAUUUGAAGAAAAAGGUAGCAGUAUGUCUGCUCAUGGAUGCUUGCUGGUUAGGUUGUACAUAAAGAUGGGAAAUUAAAGAACAGAUAAAGAAGGAAGAGGGGUUGGUGUCAACUAUCAAUACUGUGUAGAUAGUAAACUGUAUAGCAAUGCAUUCGAGAAAAGAAAAGGUGCAGCAAAAACUGCUCUUAUGUUUUGUCAUGUAGUCAUGUAACCAGAACAACAUAUAUUGAUUAUAUGUUUUUGUUUUAGGAGCUUUAUUAGAGAUUAUUCCUGCAGGCAUGUGUGAUGUCUGAGUGCAUUUCAUGCUUGUUGUUUUAAACUUAUAGAAAGUGUCUUUUAUCAAGCUCUGUGUUGUGGUAACUAUUUACUAGUUUUAUGUUGUCAAGCUCUGUUUUUUGGUUACUAGUUUCAUGUUUUUGUCUUUUGUAACUCAUUAAAAUUCUCAAUUAAUGGAAUGGCAUGAAAUCAUCACUCCUGAUUAA